AACCUCAAUGCUUUUGUUUUCUUGAUUGAUACUCAAAAAUGGCCGAUCUUCUGGACAUGUCCCUAGACGAUCUUAUCAACAGAAACAGGAAAUCUGGAGGAGAUCAUGGCAAUUUCAGAGGCCGCGGAGGAGGACGUGGCCGUGGCCUUGGCCAAGCUCACUGUAUGAGUUCUGGUCCCGGCCCAACUCGCCGGACACUGGUCUUCGUUCCGUACCGUACGGUUCCGUACCUUCGACCACGUGUGGCUGUGACUUCAAGAUCUCCGGGGCUUCGGAUGCUUGAAACUGGGAUGGUUGAAGAAGGAGGGGCUAGCAGUGGGACAAAACUCUACGUGUCCAACCUGCAUUUUGGGGUUACUAAUGACGAUAUCAAGGUACUAUUUUCAGAUGUUGGUGAGCUAAAGCGAUAUGCAAUUCACUAUGACCGGACUGGAAAGUCCACGGGAACUGCAGAAGUGGUAUUUGCACGACAUUCAGAUGCUUUAAAAGCUAUCAAUAGAUACAAUGAUUUGCUGCUUGAUGGGAGGCCAAUCAAAAUUGAGAUUAUAGGAGGUGAUUUUGUAGCAUAUGCUGUGCCUCCAUCAAGUGAAGGCGAUUUGGGAUAUCAAAGUGGGGCCUUCAGAAGUAACAGCAGGGAUGGGUUUAAGCAAGCAGGGAGACGUGGACAGGAAGGUCGAGGAAAGAAAAAUCUUGCUGAAAAAGUCUCAGCCGAAGCUCUUGAUGCUGAUUUGGAGAAAUAUCAUGAAGGUGCUCUGCUAAGUAGCUAAUUUCAUACGCAAACAUCCCUCUCUCCCCCACCCCCUAACAAAAAAAAAAAAAAAAAGUAGUAGUAGCUAAUUUCAUAAUUUUGACUUCCUGGUUCUUUUGGCCUUUUGGGGUAGUUCCGAACAUAAACCCUUGUUGUGACUUGUACAAAGAUGAUUUAGUUGCAUUUUGCUGAGGUUUUUUUU